GCAGAAAGGUGAGGGGAAAUGGGGAAUGAAAAGGGACAAAGUGUAAGGACGCAAGACAGAAAAGUGUGAAAAGGGGACUGGAAAGAGGAUGUUGGUGACAGAAAAUGGGGCAAGAGAGGAAAGGGCUGGUGAGGGUUAUGAGGGACAGAAAUGGAAGGGACAGAGGUGGCGGGAACUGGAGGAAGGAGGUGACAGGAAUGGGAGAAACCCUGGAGAAAAGAGAUAAGGAGGGAGGAAGUGGUGAAACGUGACAGAAGAUGUGAGGCUGAGGGUGGAUAAAGGGGAAUGAAGAGGAUGAUAAGGCGACAGGAGAGGACAAGCCAGCGCCCACCAUCAUCAUCCCCCAUGUACCCCUAUGUCCCCACCGUGUCCCUCCAGGCUGCAGUGAUGGACCCACGCAGUGAGGGGCUCUACGGCCAAGACCCCCCAAGACCACCGUGUGUCCCAGUGUCCCCCCGCCCCAGGGAAGAGGCGGUCUCAGGUGUCCCCAAGAGAGGCAGUGUCCCUGUGUCCUGCCCGGUUGUCCCCUCAGGUCCCCCUGGGGGGAUCCCACAGCUGAAGCUGCUGCUGAGGCAGGUACACAGCCUGCAGAAAGUCCGUGAGGCCACGACACAGGAGCUGGGGAAGGCACAGGACUGCAGUGAGGGGUUGCGCCAGCAGCUGGAGCAGCUGGAGCAGCACAAGGAGGCACUGGAGAGGUCCUGGCAGCAGGUGCAGGAAUCACUGCAGAGAGCACAGCUGCAAGGGAAGGAGGUGGAGGCCAAAGGUCAGAGGCGUUGUGGGCUCUGUCUGGAGCAGCAGCAGGACCUGGAAGGGACAAAGCAGCAGUGGGAGCAGCUGAAAAACCUGCGCCGGGGACACAGGUGGCAGCACUGCCAGCAGCUCGAGGCCAUAAUGAAGGAGCUCAAGCACCUGCAUGUCACACACGCUCCAGCCCACCUGAAGGCUGAACUGGUGCAGCUGGAGAAGAUGGAGGAGAAGUGGCUGAGCUGGGAGCGCCGUGUGAUGGACACUGAGGAGCAACUGGGCCCAGAGGCAUUUGUGCUCAGGCGAUUGGUGCAGCAGGAGCAGGAAGGGGCAGAGCGACAGCUGGAGGUAGAGCUGGGCCGGCAGCAGCGCAGCCUGCAGCGCCGUGACAGGUUGGCAGAGGAGCUGCAGCAGCUUCGGCGCCCUCAGGAAGCUCGCCCAGAGUGACAGAGGACGAGAUGGACACACCCCAUGGGACACCUGUGGCACCUGCGUAACACCUCUGUGUGCUACCUAUGAGUCACCUGUGUCCUGCCAUGUUCUCAUGUCCCCAUUACCCACUGUCCUCCCACCGUGUCCCCCUCAGGUCCCCAAGGCUCCCCCAUAUCCCCCAGUCCUCUCAAGUUCCCCCCAUCCACCCCAUAAUCCCCAAUUGUCCCUCAUGUCCCCAUUUUCCCCAAUGUCCCACAUGUCCCCCCAGGUCCUCCAUGUCCCCCAUUUCCUCGCAAUGUCCCCCAUGACCCCCAUGUCCCCUCACAUCCCAAUGUCCCCCAUGUCCCCAAUAAACGUUCUGCCACCA